AUGGCCUUGGUGGAGGCGGCUCCGAAGAAGAAGGCCGAGAAGAGGUUCAGCACAAAAUAUGCUGCAGAAGUGUCCGAGGACAUGUCUCCUGCUGAUCGGCGGAAGAAGCUCGGGAAGAUGUACGAGCUCAAACGUAAGGAGAGCCGCGGCCGAGUCAAGUCUCGGUAUGGAGACCAUGCAGAGGUGGCCGCUGCAAAAACGCCCGAAGAGCGUAGGAAGAUCCUGCAGAAGCUGUACAAGAGAGGAAAAAAGUCGGCGGCCGAGAAGAAGAAGGCGAAGAAGAAGAAGAAGGCCGACAAGAAGAAGAUAAAGCACCGGGGCAGGCCAGCGGACCAGGACGGCAUGGCUCUCUCGUCAGACAGCGAGGACCCUGCGGCCGAGGAGGCGGAAGAGGCGGAGGAAGAGGCCGAAGAGGAAGAUCCAACCGAGGAUGUGCCGGCCCAGCCUAUCGCUGCUGCUUCGCCCGAGGAGGCUGCUGUCUCGCCCGAGGAGGAGCUGCGGCUUGCCCGGGAUGAGCUGCGGCGGGCCAGGGUGAAGAUCACUCAACUGGAGAGGCAGCUGAGGUGGCACGAGACGGUCCGGGACUGGGUGUCGCAGGCUGUGGUCUGGGGGUACACCAACAGACGAUGUGUCGAGACCCUGCCCGAGUGGGUGUGGCUUGAGGGCCGAGACCUGGCCGAGACCUAUGCCGAGCACGUCCGAGUGAGGCACCAGGUCGCCGCUGCGAGUCAGGCCAGCGAGGCCGACGAAGCCCCGAGGACGCCGAUCAGGCACCGUUUUUUGGGAAAGCAUCCGCAAGGGUAG